AUCUCAUUUGCCGUUUUCCACUAUGCUUACAAUUGACUAAUUUCCUUGUGCUGCAGAAGUUGUUCCUCCACUCAGCUUCAUCCGUUACGCCCUAAGCCAUGAGCUCUAGUCAAGCGUCGGAUCAGGAUCCGGCAACAGCUCGGAAGCCUGGGCCGUUCGAUAAUCUAAGUAGAGAUGAUUUAGUGAAGAAAUGCAAAGGUUUACUUGGUAUAGCUCAAAAGGCAAAACAAGCAAAAGAUGAGUGCCAAGAAGAAAAUCGUCAUCUUAAAGAGCAAUUGGAUCACUAUGAAACUCAAAAGAAUGCUGAUAAGGAGUGCAUUAAGGCGAUGCAGGAAGUGGCCGAUUCGUACAUGGAUCAAAAGCUGAAAGCAACGAUGCGAGUUGAUGAACUCGAGAAACAGCUUCAAAAGACAGUUACGCAGUUGUCUGACGAAAAAUCUUCUCAUGAAAAACUGCACCAACAGCUUCUGGGAGAGCUGGACGACCUACGGAACACACUAAUUCAAUCCGAACGCAAUGCAGCACAGAAUGCCGGGUUGGCAGAGCGUUUGCGAGAACUGGAGGAAGAUAACGCCAAGCUUGAAAAAGAACGGAUAAAACUGGAACAAGAACUAAUCCGAGUGAAGGGAAGUCAAGUGGUUUUGAGCGAACAAAAUGCGAAAGAGGAAAAACUGAUCCGUAAGCUGAAGCUGUACAAAGCGAAGGUCCUAGAGAUCAACGCAAAACUACUGCUCCUGAAGUCGGAUCGAAAAAUCCUGCUAAAAACAGUCAAAGAUUACGCGGAACAGGUCCCGAAGUGGCAAAAGGAGCUUGCCAACGCAUCGAACGUAUUGUUUGCGAAAAUACAUGCGCUCGAGCUUGAAAAGAGUGACCUUAGUGAAAAGAUCACGCUUCAAGUAUCACUGGCGGAUGGUUUACGUUGUGAAAAUGAAGAACUGCAGCGCAAACUAGCAGCCGUAACACAUCAAGGCAACAGUGAUGAGGACAUGGACUUACCGGACAGUAAUAGGGGUACAGCAGAAAACGAAACUUUGAUUGAGAGCCUGCGGUUAGAGGUGGAGAAUUUGAAGUUGAAUAAUCUUUCCUUGGCAACGGAGUCCCAGGGCCGCCUACUUGAGACUGAAAAGCUUCAGCAAGAUGUACAAGAAAAGGAAAAUAUUUUCAAAGAUUUGGAAACAACGAAAGCGCUGGUCGCCGAUUUGGAAACAAAACUCACAUCUCAGUCGUCAUUGCUUUCGGAUAGUCACAAGAUGCAAGCAAAACUAUCCGAACGACUAGAGGAAACGUUGGAAAAGAUGCAACAAGUACAGAGCGAUAAAAAGUGUCUUGAAGCUCAACUAAAAAGUACGCAGGAAGAGCUUGAAAGAAAAAUAGAAAAUGUGGCAUCCGUCCAAAAACUCCAUGCCGAGUGUCAGUCUGACAUGCAAAAUGCAAAGCAAGAACUAGAAAAUAGUGAAAAGGAAAAGAUUCGUCUCUCUGAUUUGCUAAAAUCUUCUUCCGUUUCGGGCAAUGAAAAGACGGAAAAUUUAGCAGCAUGCCUGAAGGAAUCGGAAGCAAAGUUUGUAAUGAUGGAAGAGAAAAAUCGGGAGUACCGAACAAAAGUACUUGCAUUAGAGUCAACCAUCCAGAGUCAAGCGUCACGAUUUGAUGAACAGGAUACUGCCCGUGACAAAGUGAGAAAACAAUUAGAAGAAAAUCAACAACUAGUGCAACAACUGAUCGUUGAAAACCAAAACCUUGAGGGCCAACUUGGCCAGUUGGCUGAGAAGUUGAAAAGUAGUUUGGAAACUUCAAAGAAAGCUGCCGCUCGGAACGAAGAACUAGAAAAAAAACUUUCUUUAAGUAUCCAAGACGUAACUGGAAGCAAUGUUGAAAAAGAACAGCUUCAGCAAGAGUUGAAGCUUACCAAGGACCGUGAAGUGGAAAUGGCUGAAAAAUAUGCGCUUUUAAAAGGCGAAAACAGUGAACUUUUGUUGGAGUUGAAGGAAAUCAAUGAAAUUAUGAAAGAACGAGGAGAAGUUAUAAAUCUUCAGUUGUCGAAAAUAUCGGAGCUCCAGGAAAAACUUUCUAACGUCGAAGCGGCGGAUGUGGUUCCAAUGAAACAACAAAUUGGUCAGCUUCAGCAAACGAUCAACGAGAAGGAUGCGGAGCUAGAGCGUCAGCGCGAUGAGUUGAUAGCAGUAAAGGAACGUUCCAACAUUAGCUUCGACACACAGAGCGAUGUAAUGUCCACGUCGACCAUCUCGCGGGUGGAAGACGUCGCUCGUAUGCGCGAGCUGGAUGAAGGCUUUGAAGAGAAGUACAUCAAACUCCGGUCGCUCGCCGUAAAGCUAAAACGGAAGGUCGCCGAGCAGACGGCGUUGCUGCAAAAAUACGAAAAAGAAUCCUUGAGCGGUGCAGAUCCUUCGUCGCUAGCCACUGUCAGUAAGAACGUGCAGACACUGCAGACCGAAAACGAUCGGUUGCAAGAUCAACUAGAAAGUGUGCGACAAGAGUUGGAAAGUAAGCGUGCGGAACUGGAGAGUAAAUCUAUCGAACUUACCACUUUGCAACAAGUUCAGAAGGACAUCGAGGGUACCAAAAAAGAUCGUGGAUCACUCGAAACGGCCGUACGGGAGUAUCAAGUGCAGAUACAAAGCCUGAAGCGUGAAAAAGAAGCAUUUCAGUUGGCAAAGCGAGAGAUCGAUGCCGAAAAUCAACGCCUCAAGAGUACCUUGAAAUCAAAAGAAAAGGAGCUUGCCGAUGAACAGGAACAGCAGAAAGAGUUACGUUCGGAAUUGGACCGCACAAAGCUGGCAGUGAAGAAGGCGAACGUACUAAGCCUCGAAAUGGAAGCUUACGAGCGAUCACUUACCGAGCUUAACAAUAAACUGGAGACGAAAAAGACGUUGGUAAAGGAACUUGAAGCUAAAAUCGAAAUGCAAGAUACAGCGAUGAAGAGCCUUAAACAACAGAUAACGCUCCUCGAGGAAAGCCUCGAGUCACAGCAACGCCAUUCGCGUGAACUCAAACAGGAAGUGGAUAUACAGCAGGGCAAGCUACGGCAAAGUGAACACCAACGAAUGGAACUGACCAGCCAGUUGGAGGAACUUCACGAAGAACACGAUCGUGCGAAACAGCUGCUAGAAAGUAAUCGCUUGGAGCUCGAACAGGUGGCAUCUGAAAAGGAGAAAGUUUUCAGCACGUUGGAGUUGGAGAAAACUAGCCUUCAGAAGCAGAGUCUCACGCUGGAAAGUGAGCUGAGCACACUGCGUACGGCGCUAGCAGAGCGACAGCAAGAAGUAGAAGAUAUGCGGACCGAGUUUGCUAGCUACAAGGUUCGGGCCCAAUCGGUGCUGCGUCAGAACCAAAAUAAAGAUAGUAGCAGAGAGAAAGAGCUGGAAGAGGAACUAAGUCAGUUGCAGAAAUCGUUGGAACUGGUUGAGGGUAAGCACCUGCAUUUGGUGAAGCAAGUCAACGACCUUUCGAAGUCUAACGAGGGGCUAAAGAGCGAAAAGGAGCGAACGCAAAACCGCUGCAAGGAGUUGCUCAGUUUGCUGGAAGAAAGUCGCUUGCAAAGUGAAUCAUUACUGGAGGAAACACGCAAAACGAAUCUAGAGCAUCAGGAAGCAUUGAAAACACAACGCGUACAGAGCGAAACAUUGAUCCAAUGCUAUAAAGCACAGCUAGAGGAGCAACAGGAACGCCACUGCCAGGAAUUGGAGCAAUUGCAGACGAGGAUACGCCAGCGAUCAGAGGUAGAUGGAGCAAACGGAGUGCGCCACGUGCUCAACAACAACUUGCCCCCACACGGUUCACUACACCCGGCGCCCAUUGGUGCAAUCGUGGGUCGUACAGCUGCAUUUACGGAUGAGCAGCGAAUAAAUCUUCUUCUGAUGGAGCGCGAAGAAGGCGAAGGUUCAGAAAGCACCAAUCUAAGUACCGUUGCAGGGGCCUCACAGCGACGAAAACUGUCCUCGACUUCCAUCUCGCGAGGACGCACCCGAGAGGUUAUACCGCUAGACGAAUUGUUGAACACUUCCUUCGACGAUUCGGCUUCCGUUGGGAUAAUCGAUGGCGAGGGCGACCACCAUAAUCAAUUUUUUGAUGGCAGGGAACCGUCACCGACUGUCGAACUGCAGCAAACCAAGGAGCAACUUAGUAAACAAGAAAGCCGCGUGCGCCAUCUAACCGCAGUUUUGGCCGAGGCAGAGCAAGAUCUUGCAAAGCUAACGCAGCUGAACGAAUUACUUAAAGAGGAGGUACGCCGACAGCAGCGGUCCAUUGAACGGGAGGCGCAUGUGCACAACUCGGAGUAUUUGAAAAAUGUGAUAUUUAAGUUUAUUACUCUAAACAACGGUGAUGAGCGGUCAAGAUUGGUGCCAGUGCUAAACACGAUACUUAAGUUGAGCCCCGACGAGACGCAAAAGUUACAGAACGUAGCCAAAGGUUCCGACCCAAGUUCUCGUGGAUGGACCGGUUUGUUGUGGAAUUAAUGGUACCAUUUUUUUAUUAGUGUUUAAGCUUUUUCCCUACUGAAUUCCAUUCUUUAUUAACGCCGGUCUUUAUUAAUUAAUCUUUGUUUUCUUCAGGCGAUAGUUAUACGAACGAAUGAUUAGUAGUUAUAGUUAUAGUAUUAAGCGUUCUGUUGCAAGAAGUAUACGAUUGUUAGAUGUGAUUAUCUGAUAAGUUAGCUCCAGACGGAAAAGUGAGUGCAAUUCCAAGCUUCUAUUAAAACCAUGCAAAGUCCUACUAACUUUAUUCAAACGUGAACUGUCAUUAAGUGGAAUGGUUGUUAAAUAUUAUCACAUUAAAUGGGGCAUUUAGAAUACAAUUUCGCACAACGAGAGAAAUAUGCGCUAAAUAGUGUUAGAUAGACAAAACCUGUAGCGUUUCGUGGAAUGUAGACGUCAAAGGGACUCCUAUUGAAUGCUACGUU